GGGGGUGGGACUCACGGCGCUAUGGCCGAGGUCAGCGGGGAAGUGGUCGCGGUGCCGACGUCUGCGCCUGUCGACGGCCUCAGCAAUAGCUCAGGCGGGAACUCGGCGCAGAACCACCACCCGCUGUCACGCAAGCUGCAUAAGAUCCUGGAGACGCGGCUGGACAAUGAUAAGGAGAUGUUGGAAGCUCUCAAGGCACUUUCAACCUUUUUUGUUGAAAAUAGUUUGCGUACUCGAAGAAAUUUACGUGGAGACAUUGAACGCAGAAGUUUAGCCAUCAAUGAAGAAUUCGUAAGCAUUUUCAAGGAAGUGAAGGAGGAACUCGAAAGCAUAAAUGAAGAUGUUCAAGCAAUGAGCAACUGUUGUCAAGAUAUGACAAGUCGCCUACAGGCAGCAAAGGAACAGACUCAAGAUUUAAUAGUAAAAACCACUAAGCUUCAAGCUGAAAGUCAAAGAUUAGAAAUAAGAGCACAAGUUGCAGAUGCCUUCUUAUCCAAGUUCCAACUGACUUCUGAUGAAAUGAGUCUUCUCCGAGGUACAAGGGAUGGACCUAUUACUGAGGAUUUUUUCAAGGCACUGGGAAGAGUAAAGCAGAUUCAUAAUGAUGUCAAAGUUCUCUUGCGUACAAACCAGCAAACAGCAGGUUUAGAAAUUAUGGAACAAAUGGCCUUGCUUCAAGAAACAGCUUAUGAAAGACUUUACCGAUGGGUUCAAAGUGAAUGCAGAACAUUGACACAAGAAUCAUGUGACAUAUCUCCAGUAUUAACCAAAGCAAUGGAAGCCCUGCAGGAUAGACCUGUCUUAUAUAAGUAUACAUUAGAUGAAUUUGGAACAGCCAGAAGAAGUACAGUUGUUCGUGGGUUUAUUGAUGCUCUUACAAGAGGGGGCCCAGGAGGUACACCCAGACCCAUUGAAAUGCACUCCCAUGACCCUUUGAGGUAUGUAGGAGACAUGUUGGCUUGGCUUCAUCAAGCUACUGCUUCUGAAAAGGAACAUCUUGAAGCUCUCUUAAAGCAUGUAACUGCACAAGGCAUUGAAGAAAAUAUUCAGGAAGUUGUUGGGCAUAUCACCGAGGGUGUGUGCAGGCCUCUAAAGGUUCGAAUUGAACAAGUAAUAGUUGCUGAACCUGGGGCAGUUUUAUUAUACAAAAUUUCUAAUCUCCUCAAAUUUUACCACCAUACAAUAAGUGGCAUUGUUGGAAAUAGUGCAACUACAUUAUUGACUACCAUUGAAGAAAUGCAUUUGCUAAGCAAAAAAAUAUUCUUCAAUAGCCUGAGUCUUCAUGCAAGUAAAUUAAUGGACAAGGUUGAACUCCCACCACCUGAUCUUGGACCAAGUUCUGCACUAAAUCAGACACUCAUGUUGCUACGUGAAGUUUUGGCAUCUCAUGAUUCUUCAGUUGUACCAUUAGAUGCUCGCCAAGCUGAUUUUGUGCAGGUUUUAUCAUGUGUCUUGGAUCCUCUCCUCCAGAUGUGUACUAUAUCAGCCAUCAAUUUAGGCACAGCUGACAUGGCCACUUUCAUGGUCAAUUCACUAUAUAUGAUGAAGACAACGUUAGCUUUAUUUGAAUUUACUGACAAACGUCUGGAAAUGCUACAGUUUCAGAUUGAAGCACAUUUGGACACACUUAUAAAUGAGCAAGCCUCUUACGUUUUAAGUAGGGUAGGCUUGAGCCAUAUCUAUAACACUGUACAGCAACAUAAACCUGAACAGGUUCAAUUUGAUCGCUAUCUGUCAGCUCCAGACAACCUGUUAAUGCCACAGCUGAACUUUCUUCUAAGUGCAACCGUAAAAGAGCAGAUCGUGAAACAGUCUACAGAAUUAGUCUGCAGAGCCUAUAGUGAAGUGUAUGCAGCUGUGAUGAAUCCAGUGAAUGAAUACAAAGAUCCAGAGAGCAUUCUACACCGAUCACCACACCAAGUGCAGACACUUCUCUCAUGAUUAUUGUAUUUGAUUGUGUUAGCAAAAUAUUGUAUGCCUAAAACACUGAAGUUUGUCUUC